AUGGGCAAUGCUCGGAAGUACGAACCGGAACCAUUGGACGUGCCAGAGGAUGUGAAACUUUCCGACUUCAGCUUCAAGCUUCUGGCAGUUGAACAGGUGGACAACAGCAAGGACAAACCCUUCACCGAAAAGUACAAGAUCAAAGUUCCAACCAACAUCCGGUCCAGGUACAGUGACGAUGUGGUGUUUGGACAAGAAUGGCGUGAUCUUUUGAGCGACUUUGACAAGAAGUUCAGCUGCACCCAUGCCAACCCUGCGGCACCUCGCUUGCCAGCGCCGAAAGUUGCUGCUGAUGAGUUGCUGCCUGCAUGGCUCAAUGAGCCCACUGACAUCAGCUCUCUGCAGGACCGGUACUAUGUUGAGGCGAAAAUCGUGGGGCGUGAGCCUGGCACCACUUUGUUUGUUGUGCAGGCUAGAGAUCGUUCUGGAAAGUUGGAUGCUUGCUCAAGUCCCAUCACACUAUUUUUCUCUUUGGCUGCCCACGUUCAACUGGAGCUGGGUGAUGAGCAGUUCCUGAUAGCCCAUGGGGCUUCCAGGUUUCUCAAGGUGGAAAAGGUGCAGGACAUGAAACGAAAAGCCAAAGCAGGAGCUGCUUCGGGUUUUCUUAUCGAAGUGUUGCGUGACACUUCAGUCAGAGAUAGUUAA